GUAUGUUUGGUGACCGUCUGCCGCAAAAGUGUCCUUUUUCUUUAAUUCCAAUCCGAAGUGUGUGAGUGUGUGUGUGGCUUUGCGCGCUGUGACUCAUCAUCCACAUCAAGGUUUUUCCCCCGGUUUCGGCCAGUUACGGCUGCUGCAAAGUGUCCGCAUAAGGCAAUACGACGUCAGCAUUUAUUUGCUGAUCGCUACAACGAUCGACCGUUUGCAGGCGAGAACGGAGCCAGGUUCUCGGCCCCAGAGGUUGUGAAAACGAAACCCAGCUGUAUGUGCAUCGUAUAACAGCAGGCAACGGUAGCCCAACCACAUCCGUGCCCUUAUUUUACACCUUUGCUGGAAAAUUUCGAGAAUUUCACAACAGGACAUCACUAGCGGUCAGUUAGCCCAGCUGUCGGGCACUGACCAUAACCAUCGACACCUGCUGGUACUGACAGAUACCAACGGCAAACCACCCUGGUGACAUUUGCCUCGCGACGGCUCCCUUUACCAUUCUUACCCCCUUCUAAAGGCUGCCUCUUUGUUUGAGUGAAGUUGCGAUUCGCGAAAACCUUCCUGCGGGUGUGGAUAAAUCACUCACUCACACAUUCCAGUCGGACGGUAGCGUGCCUUCAUCAGCCAAACAUUUAAAGCUACAAAACAACUACACAAAACCCAAAAAUAAACGAUGAAGUUCCUCGAGAAUGAAUCGGACAAGAUUGAGAUCGUGGACGGUACGGUGGAUGUACCGGCGAUCAUCAACUCGAUGGUCGAACAGUUGCCCACCGACAAUCCGUUCUACGUGAUGGACAUUGGCGAUAUCGUGCGCAAGCACCAGCAGUGGAUCGAAAAGAUGCCACGCGUGGUGCCGCACUACGCGGUCAAGUGUAACGACACGGACAUCGUGUGCGCGACGCUGGCCGCACUCGGUGCAUCCUUCGACUGUGCGUCAAAGGGUGAGAUAGCGAAGGUGCUUUCGCUUGGCGUCGCCCCGGAACGCAUCAUCUUUGCGAACCCGAUGAAACCGGCGUCACAUCUACGCUACGCCAACAGCAACGCGGUCAAAACGAUGACCUACGAUAGCGAUACCGAGCUGCACAAGAUCAAGCAGUACUGUCCGGAUGCCAAGCUUGUUAUUCGCAUCCGGUGCGAAGCCGAAAAAGCUCAAUGUCCGCUGGGAAAGAAGUUCGGCUGCGAUCCGGUAGAGGAAGCACCACGUUUAAUCAAGAUCGCCCGCAGUCUUGGGCUGGAAGUGGUCGGUGUUAGCUUCCACGUCGGUUCCGGGUGUGCGGAUUUCCCGAUCUACUAUAAGGCCAUUUCGUAUGCUCGCGAUCUGUUCGACUAUGCUGCCCAGCUCGGGUAUACGUUCAAUCUGCUGGACAUUGGCGGUGGUUUCCCGGGCGAUAUCGGUACCUCCAUCGAUGAGGUGGCGAUGAUCGUUAAUACCGCGCUCGAUACGUUCUUCCCGGAUAAGGCGGUUCGUGUCAUUUCCGAACCGGGCCGGUACUACGUAUCGUCGGCGUUUACGCUCGUCACCAACGUGCAGUCGAAGCGCAUUUGUCUCAACGCCAAAACGGGCAGCAUCGAUCGGAUGAUGUACUAUCUGAACGAUGGUGUGUACGCUUCGUUCAACUGCGUGUUGUACGAUCAUCAGGUACCACGGCCGAAGCUUAUCGGGGGCCAAACCGGCAAGCAGUACAAGAGCACGAUCUGGGGCCCAACGUGCGAUGCACUCGAUCAGCUGAUCGAAACAAUCGCACUGCCCGAGCUGCAGAUCGAUGAUUGGGUCGUGUUUGAGAACAUGGGCGCUUACACCGUUCCCGUCGCCAGUCCGUUCAAUGGCUUCGAGCUACCGAAAAUCUACUGUUACAUCAGCAAAAGUCAUUGGGAAAUGCUGGAAACACUGUUCCCGUUGCAGAACGAAUGUUCCAGCUGCACCGAACGUUUGCCGAACAGCUACGAAACUGUUGCCUGCGCUUGAGGCUCCCGGAACUGGAAGCCACGUGGUACGGUCGUGCUCAUCCCGGCACCAGUCGAUUAUUCCACCGGUCACGGGACCCGCUUUUACUAUUUGAUGAUAUUCAACGGAAGGUCUACAAAUUUAACAUUGCAAACGCUAUUUACAACGUUGCCUUUCCUUCCAUUAUUACUUCCAAGACAUACUUCAAUAAACGAAGAGGCAGCCUUUUUUAUACAACCUAGCAAAAA